CUUUGAUGUUUCCGCCGGAAGAAGUAGUCAUCGGACUCAUCCCAGAACUUGUUGCCACGUCGGACCGGUCCGCGAACCCGGUCAAUUCAUCCGAGAACAGACUAGGAUUAAUACUUUGUGGAUUUGGGUUUUUGGUUAAUCCGCAGAAAUGGUUUCUGUCAUCAACACCGUGGACACCUCGCACGAGGACAUGAUCCACGAUGCUCAGAUGGAUUAUUACGGCACUCGACUUGCCACGUGUUCGUCUGAUCGCACCGUGAAGAUCUUUGAUGUCAGGAAUGGAGGUCAGAUACUGGUCGCAGACCUGAGAGGCCACGAGGGUCCCGUGUGGCAGGUGGCGUGGGCUCACCCCAUGUUUGGCAACAUUCUGGCUUCCUGUUCCUACGAUCGUAAAGUCAUCAUCUGGAAGGAGGAGAACGGAACCUGGGACAAGAUGUACGAAUACACCGGGCACGAGUCAUCAGUAAACUCCGUCUGCUGGGGCCCCUACGACUUUGGUCUUAUCUUGGCCUGCGGCAGCUCAGACGGAGCCAUUUCCCUGCUCACAUUCACUGGUGAUCAGCAGUGGGACGUCAAGAAGAUCAGCAACGCACACACGAUCGGCUGUAACGCAGUGAGCUGGGCUCCUGCUGUGGUUCCCGGAAGCCUGAUCGAUCAACCGUCGGGACAGAAACCAAACUACGUCAAGCGCUUCGUCUCCGGAGGCUGCGACAACCUGGUCAAACUCUGGAAAGAGGAGGACGGUCAGUGGAAGGAGGAUCAGAAGCUGGAGGCUCACAGUGAUUGGGUGAGAGACGUGGGCUGGGCGCCGUCUAUCGGCCUCCCCACCAGCACCAUCGCCAGCUGCUCACAGGACGGACGCGUUUUCAUCUGGACGUGUGACGACCCGGCGGGAAACACCUGGACGGCCAAACUGCUCCAUAAGUUCAACGACGUGGUUUGGCACGUGAGCUGGUCCAUCACUGGAAACAUACUGGCUGUGUCAGGAGGAGACAACAAGGUGACGCUGUGGAAGGAGUCGAUGGACGGUCAGUGGGCGUGUAUCAGCGACGUCAGCAAAGGCCAGGGCGCCGUCUCCACCAUCACAGACACACAGCAGAACGAGCAGUGACACACACACACACACACACACACACAGACACAGACGGUGACCCCUGACCCCACCAACAUGACUUCAGAUGUUGGGACUUUCAAACCAAACAACGACACGUUGUCCACGGCGAUUGAGCUGAGUUUGAAAUCACUUUUUUUGUUUUUCUUUUAAAGGCUUCAGUUCGAGUCGGACGCCAUUUUCUCCAAAUCCAAACAUGACUGAUGAGAAUUUAACCCUCAACAUUUCUAAUCACCUUAAACCAUAAAACCAUCGUUUCUGUUUUUUUCUUUUUUUCUUUAAUGUCGGGUUUUCAAACGUACACAAACGCCUUUCGUCCAAUCCCAUGAUGCUUUGCACCGCAUACAUUCCACCACCUCCACCGACAGAGAACAGAAGCUGCUCAACAACAACUUUUACUUAAUAUUUAUCUGCAGUUCAUCAUGUUCUCACAGGGAGAUCAAACAUUUAAAGGGACAAUCAGGCUCAUUUUUAAGUCUGGUUGUGUAUUGAGACACAAAAGAAAGGCUUAUUAGUGACUUAACUAAAGACACACCUAAUAAAAUGUUUUAUUUCACCGUUAACAGCUUUUUCCUUCUGGAAACUGAAGUUUAUAAACCACUCACUCUCCCGCACCAAAGCCCAUUGAGAAAAUCAACAUUUUAGCUCACAGGGACACAGGGAGCUGCUGGUCUACCGCUGCCUCGUGUGGUCACUUUGUGUCACUGAGGUAGAUCUGAACGAAGGAUUUCAAAAUAAGACAUUUGAACUUAGUGGUACGACAACUCCUGUGUGCUUUGCUGUUAAAUCACUGAUUUUCUCCAUGGACUUUGGUGUGGGAGAGUGAGACCAAAACCAAAUAAAACACUUUAUGUGGUUUCCAUUUUUGAAAAGCUCUUUCCCAACUCAAGUGAACAGAUGUAAUAAACAACAAUAAUAAAGAGAAUAAAUGACUUAUAUGUUGGAA